AUGAUGGCACCCAUCUCGAGAAGCGAUGAAUUUAUCAACGAGAAGAAGGAUGAUGAGGAUAUUGUGAAAUUCAAAGCGCUUUUAGCUGAAGGAAAACAGGCAUAUGUAUCAGGGAAAUUCAAAGAAGCUGAAAUAAAACUGAGCGAAGCUGCUGAACUUUCCGUCAGCAUUUAUGGAUAUUUCGCUAUCCCAACAUUCGACCCUCAUCUGUAUUAUGGCAGGACUUUGCUUGAAUUGGCCAGACUGGAGGAUAGCGUUUUUUCAAAUGCUCUGCAGGGUAUGACAACUACUGAAGAAAAGGGUGAAGGUUUCGAGGAAGUGGAAUCACCUACUGAAAAAAUUGGCAAUGCCUUGGAAGAGAAUGUUGAAGGCUUAAAGAAUAAAAUUGCCUGUUGUUGGGUUGAUUCUUCCAAUAUCCUGAAGAAAAAUAAGGAAGAGAAUGGAGAAAAGGCUAAUAUUGCGGACAAGAUUAUAACAGAUGUGACUAUAGAAAGUGAAAGAAAUAGCAUGAAAGAGCAGAUGAAGCGAGAUCGUGUAGUCAAAAGCGAUAAAGGGGAAGAUGACGAUGAAAUUAUAAAUCAUAGAGAAGAAAGAAGCAAAAUUGAAGGAAAAAAGAAAGAUGACGAUGUAGAGGUCGAGGAGAAGGAAGAAAAGGAAACUGAAGACGAAAAAGAUGAUAAAUUUGAGGAUAAUAAGGAUGGCAUUUCGGAACAUGAUAGCAAGGAUGAAUCCAGUGACGCUGGAGAUGUUGAAUAUCUGCAGCUAGCGUGGGAGACUCUGGAAGUAGCUCGAACCAUUUGUGAUAAGCAUCUAGAAGAAGAAGGUUGGAAAGAGAAGAAAGUGGAAGUUCUUCUUGAUCUCGCUGAUUGCGCAACCGAUGCAGAGAAUUACAAGCAAGCGAUUGAUGAUAUUGACGCUUGUAUCUUACUUGCGGAAAGCAUUUUCGGUGGAGUCGACCGGCGGGUUGCGCAAGCUUAUUUUGUAAAAGGACGAACUCACAAUCUUUCGAAAGAUUUCGGAAACGCUGCUAAAGUUUUUGGGAAUGCAAAAGAAAUUCUGGAAGCGAGAUUAGUGAAACUCGAAGCACAACUAGCACAUGAAAGUCAGGAAGAAGCAGAAAAAAUCAAGGAAGAAAUUAAUGAACUUAAAUCUCUACUGCCCGAAAUUCAAAUAAAAAUCGACGAUUCUUUGGAAAGUGCGAGAAGUUUAAUAAAAGAAAGUAUUGACGCGGAAAAUGGAAAGGAAGUGUCACUUAAAUCAUCGGUAAAAGAAAUGCCCGUUGAUGAUGUUAGCAGUUUGGUACGUAAAAAGCUAAAAAGACCAGCUGAAGAUGAAGCACAAAGGAAAACGAAAAGCGCAAAAGGUGACGGCGAUCCUGAGAAUGCUAAAAUUGAUUCUUGUCCGUAA